GCUGCUCACCACCAGUCGCUAGACCCAGGCUCACCCUCUUCGCCCCUGUAAUCCUGAGAGGAGGAGCUGCCCCUGACUGCCCAUCCUCACCCAGUAGGCACAGCUGGAUUCUGGUGCCAGGGCUGUGCACACACUGAUGGCUGAGCGCUGCCUAUAACACAUCAGAGAGGACCUAGCCUGCAGGAGCCAGCUGAUCAGCCAUGGUGUCAUGGAUCAUCUCCAGGCUUGUAGUGCUAAUAUUUGGCACUCUGUACCCCGCGUAUUACUCCUACAAAGCUGUGAAAUCGAAGGACAUUAAGGAAUAUGUAAAAUGGAUGAUGUACUGGAUCAUAUUUGCACUUUUCAUGACAUUAGAAACUUUUACAGACAUAUUCCUGUGCUGGUUUCCAUUUUACUAUGAGCUGAAAAUUGCUUUUGUGGCCUGGCUGCUGUCUCCCUACACGAAAGGAUCUAGCCUUCUUUAUAGAAAAUUUGUUCACCCAACAUUAUCCUCAAAAGAAAAGGAAAUUGACGAGUGUCUCAUCCAAGCAAAGGAUCGCAGCUAUGACGCCCUGGUACAUUUUGGCAAGAGAGGUCUGAAUGUUGCUGCCACAGCUGCGGUCACGGCUGCCGCCAAGGGGCAGGGAGCACUGUCAGAAAGACUAAGGAGCUUCAGCAUGCAGGACCUCUCCACCAUUCGUGGUGAUAACCCCUCAGCCUCUCCAGUCACCGCAAGGACAACAAGCAAAUCGACCAAGGCUAAGUUAUCCCGAAGCGCAACGCAGGGCAGCGAACCCUCAGUGUGUACGUGUUGCUCCUCUGGAAAAUUCAUACGAGAGGUGGAUCAGUGUGAGACAACCAGUGACACAUCCUAUGAGACACAGGAAAUUAUUUCAGAUGAAGAAGAUGAUGGUGGAAUUGUUAUACUGAAGCAGCCCCCUAUACACAAACCACCACGGAAGAAGGACCGACCUGUUGAGGGGAUAAAGAGUGGAGACCACUGAUGUCAUGAGCCCCAGUUUAAUCAAAAGGACUAGCCUCCGCCCAGAGUCCAUAAGCCUCGAUUCAGGAAGAAAAUUACCUCUGCCUCUAACACAGAAACUGCAUGAAUGCAGCCAACAUCAAGAACCACAGAAUGUCUCUUCACUGCCUUAAAGGAGCAAUUUGCACCAUGUGACAAGGUGGCGCUAGAAUUCACAAAAACGAAACAAAUCAGCCAUGACUUCCCCCGAAUCCUUUACCUCCCUCAUCAUAUCUGUCAGUGUUCAGCUUUCAGUACGCAGCUGCUUGAAACUGCUCCAAGAACCUAUGAAGACAUGAGCUUUCUGACUGAUUGUGAGCCCUGCUGGGACCUUGCAGCCCCCUGAGCCUACGACGUGGAAGCUGCCGUUGUCCUGAGCAGUGCCCGUCCGCGUCCUGAUGCCCAUCUUAAGUAUUGGUUUAUUGAUGACAAUGAAUAGCCAUGUGUGUCGGAAAUCUCUUCUCUGUACCUGCUACAUCUUUACUUUUUGUUUGUAUAAAUUAUGAUUGUCUUUUUUUAUG